ACAGUACAUUGCGCAUACUCACAACUUCUUUCACCUGAAGAAGAAACAUGGCGGAGUCGGGAGAUGUGACAACGUCUGCCAUUGCCAAUAGUUGUAGAACACAAACUUUACAGAGUAAAAAUGGAGUUAACGGGUCUGAUAAACCACAUAAACGAGUGGUAGUAUUCGACUGUCGCCCGGAAAGAGACGUCGAUGCAACGGAGAGAGUUCUGGACAUAAAUGGCUUGGACUUCAACGACUUCCUUCAAUUUGUAUCAAAGGUGCAGUAGCUAGCUAGCUAGCUAACGUCGUUAGUUAUGCAGAGAUAUGUUAGCCAGGCAGCUGCCUGCUUGAUUGCAAAUUUGCAACAGCUGGCUCUUGACAAUUAAUGAGUUCCCACCAUGCUUGGAAUUAACUAACUAGCUCACUCAGAUAGCUUGGCUAGAUAGCCGACAUGGCCGAUCGUGGCAAAUGUAUUGAUCCAUAAUAUUCGUAGCUGUCAUAUUUGCCAAUUUAAUGUUUUAAUUAAAUUGUUAAUAGCUUUCUAGCACGUUAUAAACAAGUUGUCCCAUUUGUUGUUGUCACAUUUGUUGUGAAUACGAUAUCUAAACCAUUCACCAAAUUAUAAAAACGUGUCAUAUCUGCAGAGGUAGAUAUACAACUAUUUCCCAUGUGUUCUCGCCUUAGGAAUUUGCCAUUCCUUCCAACGAAACGUUUGUCUUGACAACAACUGACAGAAAAGGAAUAGAUUUGGACAGAUAUGGUAAGUGACAUUCCAGUCAGGGCUACCUGGUGUAGUGCUAGAAAGAAAUGCCGAAAUGCCAGACCAAUUUUUAAUUUAUAAUUAAAAAAGGGCACAUGGCUUGGAUUAAUCAGUGUAACAUGUUUUUGGUAUAAUAAUAGUCAGGCAUUGGGUCACAAAUAAGCCUUUAUACAAGGGGAAUAAGAGAUGAGUGACAGUAAGUUAUGUUGCUGAUGUGUCAUCUCUUUCAGAGGAACUUCAACAAGGAAACACUCUCCACCUGUUGCAGAGCGAGGACCAGACCCUGCCCGCAGCAACUAAGGAACACAUUGUGUUCCUCCCUCACUACGAUACACUGGUCCAGAGUGGCAUGUAUGAGUACUAUGCUAGUGAGGGCCAGAAGUCUUUACGUGAGUGCCUCUGAAAUACUGUACCUUCUCCAGCCCAAACCAACAAUAUACAGUCCUGUUUGUAUUCAUUAGCCGUGUUCACACUGCCCCACACUGAAUAAAAUGUCUAUGCUCAGCACUUAUGACCAAUUUUCUACUCUGUGAGGCUUUGUGGAUAUGGGCCCCGGGCUAAUUAUGACCCAGAAGAAGCGGCGUUAAAGGGCCUAUCGUUUCCUAUAGUUAAUUAAAGCUUUGUUCCCCCCCCUCCCAGCGUAUGCCUUUGCAGAACUAAUCGACAAUGCACUGUCAGCGACAUCGCACAACACAGGAGUGAGGACCAUAGACAUCCGAUUGGUGAGAUACUACAGCUUUUUUUCUCUCCCAAUUUUUUUUUUCUAACUGUUGUAAACCUCACAUGCGUAAUUGUGGUCUUGAAUGAAAGUGAUGCAUACAUAUUGUGAUGUGCUUUCUUAUAAAGGUCUGUGUUCUGCACCCCUACAGUAUUGAUGGAAUGGGAUACAACGGUAGUUGAUUGUUUCUCAUCUCUUCCCCCAGCUGUUUGAUGAGUCCUUGGGGAAACAUGCAGUGGUUAUCAUGGACAACGGCUGUGGAAUGACCUCCAAGCAGCUUAAUAACUGGGCUGUGUACAGGCUCUCCAAAUUCAGCAGGGAAACCGGCACGUUUUCAAGGUUGGUUUAUCAAGAGUAGGGCCGGGAGUUUUUCCACAUCACAUGAUCUGACCUGUUCAGAUCAGGUCAUGCGGUCAGACCCGUCUCAAUGACCCACAGUAAAUGUAAAUUAAAAUGCACUUUCCAAAUAAAUAAAUACGAGUAUACACUUGAAAUUAGUUUUUGGUACUUUCCAUUUAUCUGUCGUCAGUGAUCCUGUUUGUCUCACUAGUGAUCACGCUGGGUAUGUUCGUCCUGAUCCAGUCCCUCGCAGUCUCAACAGUGAUAUAUCAUAUUUUGGAGUAGGAGGGAAACAAGCAGUGUUCUACAUUGGACAGUCAACCAGGGUAAAUGUAGAAUUAUUGGCCAUUGUUCCUCUUGUGUUCUACCAUAUUCCCCUAAUGGACUGUGAUGCGCUACUAUGUGACUUGAUAUCUCUGUCUUUGUUAAAGAUGAUCACCAAACCAGCGGGCUCCCCAGAUGUCCAUGAACUCAUCAUUUCAAAAGAAGAGUUUGAGAGGAAGGAGCGGAACAAGGAAGAUAUUUAUAGUGGUUUUAUCAGAAACCGGAAGGUAAGGGAUUACUCCCAGAUCACUCAAAAUGGUGAUGUGAUCCCCAAAAGGUGUCCUCAAUCCAUCCAUUCUGGAACUGUCAGUAUCGGGGGCCAACUGCUGUACCCUUCCCUCAGUGGCCAUCCUCUAUGUAAUGACAGCCAUGUUCAAUCCUCCACCCCGCAGAUGGGUGACUCGUCCCACGUGAGCGACGACGAGGAGCGCUUCCUCCACGGGCUGAUCUCUGAGGAGGUGGGAAAGGACAGCUUCACGGCCGUGGUGGUGACGGGGGUCCAGCCUGAACACAUCACCUUCCUCAAGCAGGACUUUCACCUGUGGACUAGAGAACUGGCGUGAGUCUGCUCACCCACCUGACUUGCCCAAUAUUAAUUAAUUAAUGAGACAAGGUCUAAGGACAUUCCAUAGCGACAGCGUGUGAGAUAAGUCAUGGUCCAAUGACUAUACCUGCUAGCAGCAUGUCACGCGUCCGAAGCUACAUCCAUAAUCGGUAGAUUGGAGAAUCGCCCUUUGCAUCGCCGAGCAGCAAACAAUUAACUAUUAAAUCAAGUUUUUAGAUGCUACCCCCCUCCCCAAAUCAAAUUUAAUAUGGAUGCCUAUGUUUUUUUUCUGGCUUUGGCGCACACCUUUCCUGUACUUCCCAUCUUGGACAGCAUGGUGCCCGUAUUGCGAGGCUGAUUAACUAGACAAACAGGUAUGAAACACCGACCAGUGUACACGCAAAGUGAGAACACAACAUAUAAUCCAUGUUUGGUGUUGAUUUCGGGAGGGGGCAUCUAAACUGGAUUUAAUAGUUUCUUGUUCACUGCUCGGUGACGCAAACAGUGGUUCUCCAAUUGGAGUCGUCUACCGAUAUUAUGGAUGUAGCUUCGGACGCGGGACACAUGCUGCUAGCAGGUACGGUCAUUGGACCAUGACUUAUCUUGCAUGCUUUCAUUAUGGAAUGUCCUUAAACCUCGUCUCAUUAAUUAGAGGUCUAAUAUUGGGAUACCACCUGACCUGCACCAUCCCAAAUACCCACCACCACCUUUCAAUCCGAUUGGUUGUUGUCGUCUUUAGAUAUUACUCUUUGAACAAAUUAUAGAAAUGACAAUCUGCUUUGUUUACAGCCACUUGUAUCACUAUUACAUUCACGGCCUAAAUGGGAAUGACAUGAAAGCCUCCUACCGAAACUCUGAUUGUGUCUCCAACAUUGACAUUCAGGUGAGAAGGUCAUUGCAUUUAAGUGACUAUUUUUAUUAAAUAACCAUGUAAUUAUGUUUUAUUUUAUGGUAGUGCUACAGACAAUAGUCAUCAAUCUUUGAAGUUGUCUGUUUUAUAACUAUAGUUUUGUGAUACUAUAUUGAUAUUUAUCUGCUGUUCAGAUCUCUCUGCUGGAGAAGUUCCCCAAGAUCCCUCGCAUGGUGAACCUCAGAGAGAUCGACAACGAUAUGCAGACGCUCUACAUCAACGCAUCGGCUGACACGUUCGAGUUCAAGGCCUGCACAGACAAUGAAGGAACAGUGGAGGGGGUCCUGAGGUACCACCCCUUCCUCUAUGACAGGGAAACCUACCCUGAAGACCCUUACGCCAUACAAGGUAACCUAGACUGUACCCUAUUCCCUAUAUAGUGCACUACUUUUGACCAGAGCCCAAUAUGCAUUGACAGCUGUGUGUAAGAGGGUUGCUGUCAGAUGUUUGGACACAUUGGUCACGGUCAAGUUUUUAAAGCGCAGUAGGUUACAGUUAAGCUUUUAAGGUCAUGAAAAUCAAAAAAUGUAAAAGCUCAUAUUCUGUUUGCUCAUACCUCAAUAAUGUUGUUGACUCGUCUUUUACUAGUUGUGGCCAAAGCAUAAAUUAGAGAACCCACUCGGAAAACUUAUUUUUGAAACAAACCAUCAAAAAUGCUUGAAAUUGGCUUGGAGAAUGACAUCAUUCUCCAGUGGGGAAAAUGAGAUUAGGGGAGACACAGGCUCAGGAGGGCGCACAAGCUAGUUAGCAAGCCAAGCGAUCCACAGCUUGUGUUAGUUGUUGUAUAGGCUUUGUCCUCUUUCCUAUCUCGCCAGUCACUUCUAUUUCAAACAGAAAUAUAAACACAACUUUUAACAAUUUCAAAGAUUUUACUGAGUUACAGUUCAUAUAAGCAAAUCAGUCAAUUGAAAUAAAUUCAUUAGGCCCUAAUCUAUGGAUUUCACAUGACUGGGAAUACAGAUAUGCAUCUGUUGGUCACAGAUAUACCUUUAAAAAAAAGUAGGGCCGUGGAUAAAAAACUAAAACAGUCAGUAUCUGGUAUGACCACCAUUUGCCUCAUGCAGUUCUACACAUCUCCUUCGCAUAGUUUAUCAGGCUGUUGAUUGUGGCCUGUGAAAUGUUGUCCCACUCCUCUUCAAUGGCUGUGUAAAGUUGCUGGAUAUUGGCGGGAACUGGAACGCUGUCGUACACGUCGAUCCAGAGCAUUCCAAAAAUGUGCUCAAUGGAUGACAUGUCUGGUGAGUAUGCAGGCCAUGGAAUAACUGGGACAUUUUCAGCUUCCAGGAAUUGUGUACAGAUCCUUGUGACAUGGUGGCCGUGCAUUAUCAUGCUGAAACAUGAGGUGAUGGCGGCGGAUGAAUGGCACGGCAAUGGGCUUCAGGAUCUCGUAACGGUAUCUCUGCAUUAAAAUUGCCAUCGAUAAAAUGCAAUUAUGUUCAUUAUCUGUCACUUAUGCCUGCCCAUACCUAAACCCCUCCGCCACCAUGGGGCACUCUGUUCAUAUCGUUGACAUCAGCAAACCGCUCGCCCACACGACGCAAUACAGGCUGUCUGCAUGCUGCCUGGUACAGUUUUAACCGGGAUUCAUCUGUGAAGAGCACACUUCUCCAGCGUGCCAGUGGCCAUCGAAGGUGAACAUUUUCCUACUGAAGUCGGUUACGAUGCCGAACUACGGUCAGGUCAAGACCCUGGUGAGGACGACAAGCACGCAGAUGAGCUUCCCUGAGACUUUCUGACAGAUUGUGCAGAAAUUAUUCGGUUUUGCAAACCCACAGUUUCAUCAGCUGUCCGGGUGGCUGAUCUCAGACGAUCCCGCAGGUGAAGACGCAGGAUGUGGAGGUCCUGGGAUGGCGUGGUUACACGUGGUCUGCAGUUGUGAGUCCGUUUGAAUGUACUGCAAAAUUCUCUAAAACGACAUUGGAGGCGGCUUAUGGUAUUGUCCCCACACAAGGUGCUUCUGUGUAAUGAUCAUGCUGUUUAAUCAAGUUGUUGAUAUGCCACACCUGUCAGGUGGAUGGAUUAUCUUGACAAAGGAGAAAUGCUCCCUAGCAGGGACGUAAACAAAUUUGUGCACAACAUUUGAGAGAAAUAAGCUUAAUGUGCAUAAGGAACAUUUCUGGGAUCUUUUAUUUAAGCUCAUGAAACAUGGGACCAACACUUUACAUGUUGCGUUCAUAUUUUUGUUCAGUGUAUGUGGUUUGUAAGAAUUGGCCUGUUGGCUGUUUUUAGAAGCCGUAGUAAAGCUAGCGUUCUAACGUUAGCUAUUAAGGUUAACUAAGUUAGCUGGGUAGCCAACAAGAAAGCAAGCCAAAGCAGAUCCAUCACACAACCAACUCGCCGUUCCCUUCUAUUUGAAAUCCUGUGGAAACCUAGUUAGCUGUAGUUGACUGAUAUAUAUACAGUGCCUUCGGAAAGUUUUCAGACCCCUUGACUUUUUCCACAUUUUGUUACGUUACAGCCUUAUUCUAAAAUGGAUUAAAUUGUUUUUUUCCCUCAUCAAUCUACAUACAAUACCCCAUAAUGACAAAGCAAAAAUAGUUUUUUAGACAUUUUUGCAAAUGUAUUAAAAAUAAAAAAGUGAAAUAUUACAUUUACAUAAGUAUUCAGACCCUUUACUCAGUACUUUGUUGAAACACCUUUGGCAGCAAUUACAGCAUAGUCUUCUUGGGUAUGACCGUACAAGCUUGGCACACCUGUAUUUGUGGAGUUUCUCCCAUUCUUCUCUGCAGAUCCUCUCAAGCUCUGUCAGGUUGGAUGGGGAGCAUUGGUGCACAUCUAUUUUCAGGUCUCCAGAGAUGUUAGAUCGGAUUCAAGUCCGGGCUCUGGCUGGGCCACUCGAGGACAUUCAGAGACUUGUCCCGAAGCCACUCCUGCGUUGCCUUGGCUGUGUGCUUAGGGUCGUUGUCCUGUUGGAGCGAAGGUUCACCUUCCAGUCUGAGGUCCUGAUCGCUGAAAAACAUCCCUGCAGCAUGUUGCUGCCACCACCAUGCUUCAUCGUAGUGAUGGUACCAGGUUUCCUCCAGACGUGAUGCUUGGCAUUCAGGCCAAAGAGUUCAAUCUUGAUUUCAUCAGACCAGAGAAUCUUGUUUCUCAUGGUCUGAGAGUCUUUAGGUGCCUUUUGGAAAACUCCAAGCGGGCUGUCAUGUGCUUUUACUGAGGAGUGGCUUCCGUCUGGCCACUCUACCAUAAAGGUCUGAUUGGUGGAGUGCUGCAGAGAUGGUUGUCCUUCUGGAAGUUGCUCCCAUCUCCACAGAGGAACACUAGUGCUCUGUGAGUGACCAUCAGGUUCGUUGUCACCUCCCUGACCAAGGCCCUUCUCCCCUGAUUGCUCAGUUUGGUUGGGUGGCCAGCUCUAGGAAGAGCCUUGGUGGUUCCAAACUUCUUCCAUUUAAGAGUGAUAGAGGCCACUGUUUUUGGGGACCUUCAAUGCUGCAGAUAUUUUGGUACCCUUCCCCAGAUCUGUGCCUCGACACAAUCCUGUCUCAGAGCUCUACGGACAAUUCCUUUAACCUCAUGGCUUGGUUUUUGCUCUGACAUGCUCUGUAAACUGUGGGAACUUUAUAUAGACAGGUGUGUGCCUUUCCAAAUCAUGUCCAAUCAAUUUAAUUUACCACAGGUGGACCCCAAUCAAGUUGUAGAAACAUCUCAAGGAUGGUCAAUGGAAACAAGAUGCACCUGAGCUUAAUUUCAAGUCUCAUAGCAAAGGGUCUGAAUACUUAUGUAAAUAAGCUAUUUCUGUUUUUAUUUUUAAUACAUUUGCUAAAAUGUCUAAACUGUUUUCGCUUUGUGAUUAUGGGGUAUUGUGUGUAGAUUGCUGAGGAAGAUGUUUUAUUUAAUCCAUUUUAGAAUAAGGCUGUAACAAAUUGGAAAAAGUCAAGGGCUCUGAAUACUUUCCGAAGGCACUGUAUGUAGCAGAAGUUAGCUAGCUAGCCUAGCUCCUAGCAAUAACAACUUGCUAGCUAGCGGUCUGCAUUAAUUGCUGUUGUAGUAAAGUGCCCUAGUAGUUCCAUCAUGUUAACAAAUCCUGAAUUAAUCCAUACCAUUUGACUACAGGCAGUAAGUAGCCUUCGGUAUUGGUAAAAUAAAAAAAGGAAGACUGCUAGGCCGUGCGUGCAGCCCUGCCUCACGUAGAGUUGGUAGCUAAUUUGAAUACCCAAGUGUAUGCGUGUCUCAUUGGUAUACGCCCAAACCGGAGUUUCUACUCAGGCCAAGCAGGGGCACAGAGAAAAGCUGCUUUUUAACAUCCUUAAUUAUCUUUUUUUGGGAAGGACAUCUAUUAAAUUAAUAUUGUCAUUUUAGGUGAAUAUUUCAUAUAACUCUUGAACACUGGAGAGAUGCUUUAAAUCACAGUAGGCCCUGUAAGAUCAUAAGUCAGGGGUUACCAUACUUAUUUUUUUGUCACAACCCCAACCAUGUGAAAACAUUAUGUAAUUAACAGCCAAUGUUUACUUAUUUUAUUUGGGGCUAUGGCAGUCAUUUGAAAAUCAUUCUAACAGUAUUUCUGAUUGUCUUCUCAACUCACCAUCACAUACUUUUAACGUGGGGCUUUGACAGUUAUCUCACCACCACUAAUGAGAUGGGUGUGCUUGAUGCAUGUCGCAUCGGAGCUUCUCAAAGUUGGAGGGCGUGGUCGACAGUGCACAAUUAAUCUCUGUCACAUCCAACCUGGAUCGAUAUUUGGUUUUAAUGCAAACGAGAGCACUGAAUCCAGCUUCAAACAGAUAUGAGCUGGCGAAGGGUACCUUGAGUUUUAUGGUGCUUUCAAGACAAGUGGGAACUCAGAAAAAUACAAGGUCAAAUUAUGACGUCAAUGAUCUUCAGGUCGGAAAGCCAGAGCUCUAGAAAGAGGCCCGAGUUCGAUGACCGUUCAAAAUGUUUUUUCCCAGUCGGAGCUAUUACAAAAAAAUUUCCCCAGUUGUCUUGAACGGACUGAAGUCAGAUUUCCCAGUUCUGAGUUUCCAGUUGUUUUGAACACUGCAUUAAUGCUCAGAGGGAAACGGCAGUGUAUUCCCUUUUGAGUCAGGAACCAAAACUCCUACGUAGUGACCCGUGAACGCAUUGUCUGCAACAUCUAUCACAUGAUGGCUCAAUUAGCUGUUCGAUUCUACUGAUCCAGGAUCGCAGUCAAACUGAUUGGGAAGUAGGUCCCCAAGUGCUAUUCCAAAUGUUGGAGGUGAGCAGUCAUCAAUCGUGUGGGACACUUAAUGAUGCUGUUUUCUGUUAGAAUUCUGCACAGCCGAGGGAUUGGUUUGCUUUUGAAAGACUCCUCUGAAUCCACUGAUUAGUCACUCAUCUGUAGAAUGUUUUUGUAUUUCCCCUCAUGCUUGCGUUCAGUUGGUUCAGUUUCCCAAAUGUCUCUUACAUCAUUUUCUUUUCAUUACACAGAAAGUCAAGUAUUUUUUAUUUAUUUUUACAUCCAGUGUGAAUGACAACAGUUACACUCUCAAUGCGAGAAAUCUUUACAACACCCCCCCUCAAUAACCACCAAGCCUCAGUAAUAAAAUAGAACAUUGUCAUGCUCUGAUCCCAUAUCUCCACAUAGUUUUGCGAACAAGCGUGCGUGCAGUGGAUGUGGUUUGAUGUAGUUUACAAUUGAAGUUACCUGCUGCAGUAUAUCUCAGAGUUCUGUGCUCAGCUCUUUUGCUGCCAGUUGCUCUCGGGGGUAUCAUACAAUGCGUCCAUAUGGCAGUGGGAGACCAAUUCAUAACGAGAGUGCAGAUGCCUGCCCGCUGUCCAGCCAUAGAUGGAGCAAAAGCCCACCAUUUUCGAUCUGCUUUUCGAGAAAAUAGUCACGCAGCACACUGAACAUCACCUGUGCCAUUUUAUACUCUGGAAUCACGAGACGGAACAAUAUAUCCUUGUGAAUAGCAUCCCCCGACAUGUAUUGCAAACAAAAGUCAAUGCAUGGCCAUCUCGGCCCUCACAGCUAACGUCCAUUUGUAGAGCAUUAGCUGGGGAGUUUGUCAUUCAGUCAGUUUCCUCUUGAUUGCUAGCAAUAGCAUAAAUUAUUUGUUUAACAGUGUUAUCUGACAAAGGUAUUGAUGUGAGUUUCUAUGCCUCUGCCUCCCCACACAGUUUUCACCAUAUCAAUUGCGGACGGUAAUAUCAAAGUCACUGCAAUACUGUGUGGUUUCAUAGCGUAGUGGGCCUAGCCAUUCACAGUGGGAAUGAUUCAAGUGCGGCCUUUUCCCAUGAUCUAAGGGCGCUCUGUGGUUUAAUUUUAGAUUUGAAUCAUUUUCAUUUGGAUUUUUAAGGUUAAUCACAUUACGAAGAUUUUGAGAGAUAUAUACACACACACACAGUAUAUUAUAAAGGUUUUUGUAUUAGGGCUGACCCCGUUUGGUCGAUAGGCUGUUGGUCGACCGAGAUUACUUUGGUCGAACAGUAGCAAAAAAAUGAAAAAGUAAUGGUGUACAAGACACCUGUCUAAUUUGCACUUGUCUGAGUGGAUUAAUCCUUUUUGAAGGCCAUGGGGAAGGCACUGAAAUGGUAUAUGGUUAUAUUAUGUAAGAACAAUGGUGCAACACUAAUAAAUAUAACAUUUUAUAACAAAUGCGCUUUCUCCUGCGUUGAAUAGCGGUCGCUGUCCGUGGUUCUGAAACACAUCAGUGCGCUGUUGAAUUGGUGCCUUUUCCUAGACCAUGUUGCUAUGUGUAUAAUAGCAAAGUUAACCAGCAUACUGGUGUUGAGGACAAUGCGACAGAGGUAGCAGCGGAGUUAGGAGACGAGAAAACAGCCCUUGCCUUAAUUGCCUAAGAAAAGUGAGGGGCGAGGAAACUAACUUAAUUAGGUCUAUAAUCAAUAGCCUAACUGUUAAAUGUGCCUGGCUUUAUAAAUGGCAUUCUCUCAACCAACUUCACCUGGAAUGCUUUUCCAACAGUCUUGAAGGAGUUCCCACAUAUGCUGAGCACUUGUUGGCUGCCUUUCCUUCACUCUGUGGUCCAACUCAUCCCAAACCAUCUCAAUUGGGUUGAGGUCGGGUGAUUGUGGAGGCCAGGUCAUCUGAUGCAGCACUCCAUCACUCUCCUUCUUGGUCAAAUAGCCCUUACACAGCCUUGAGUUGUGUUGGGUCAUUGUCCUGUUGAAAAACAAAUGAUAGUCCGACAAAGCUCAAACCAGAUGGGAUGGCGUAUCGCUGCAGAAUGCUGUGGUAGCCAUGCUGGUUAAGUGUGCCUUGAAUUCUAAAUAAAUCACAGACAGUGUCACCAGCAAAGCACCUCCACACCAUCACACCACCUCCAUGCUUCACAGUGGGAACCACACAUGCAGAGUUCAUCCGUUCACCUACUCUGCGUCUCAUAAAGACACGGCGGUUGGAACCAAAAAUCUCAAAUUUGGACUCCGACUAAAGGGCAGAUUUCCACCGGUCUAAUGUCCAUUGCUUGUGUUUCUUGGCCCAAGCAAGUCUCUUCUUAUUGGUGUCCUUUUAGUAGUGGUUUCUUUGCAGCAAUUCGACCAUGAAGGCCUGAUUCACACAGUCUCCUCUGAACGGUUGAUGUUCUGAUGUGUCUGAUACUUGAACUCUGAAGCGUUUAUUUGGGCUGCAAUUUCUGAGGCUGGUAACUCUAAUGAACUUAUCCUCUGCAGCAGAGGUAACUCUGGGUCUUCCUUUACUGUGGCCGUCCUCAUGAGAUCCAGUUUCAUCAUAGCGCUUGAUGGUUUUUGCAACUGCACUUGAAGAAACUUUCGAAGUUCUUGAAAUGUUCCGUAUUGACUGACCUUCAUGUCUUGAAAUAAUGGACUGGUGUUUCUCUUUGCUUAUUUGAGCUGUUCUUGCCAUAAUAUGGUAUUUUACCAAAUAGAGCUAUCUUCUGUAUACACCCCCUACCUUGUCACAACACAACUGAUUGGCUCAAACGCAUUAAGGAAAGAAAUUCCACAAAUUAAGUUUUUAAGAAGGCACACCUGUUAAUUGAAAUGCAUUCCAGGUGACUACCUCAUGAAGCUGGUUGAGAGAAUGCCAAGAGUGUGCAAAGCUGUCAUCAAAUCAAAGGGUAGCUAUUUGGAGAAUCUCAACUCAAAUAUAUUUUGAUAUGUUUAACACUUUUUUGGUUACUACAUGAUUCCAUAUGUGUUAUUUAAUAGUUUUGAUGUCUUCACUAUUCUAUAAUGUAGAAAAUAGUCAAAAUAAAGAAACCCUGGAAUGAGUAGGUGUGUCAACUUCUGACUGUUACUGUAUAUCUACAGAAAUAAGACGGAUCCUGCUUCUGUUGCAUGUUUGAGUUUUUGUUUAAUAACCUACUGACUCCGUGAGCACCAAGCCUCAGCAACCACAUGUCGGAUAAACGAUUUCACAUUCAGCUGUUUUUAAUCUUUGCUAUGCUGUAAUAAAGGCUUUACACUUUUUUUCAUUAGAACAGCCUCUGGUAUUAUUUAUCAUUUGAGUUUACGCUGUUCCAAAUUGUCAGAAAUUAUAAUAAUAAUAACCCUCCUUUUUCUUGAUCUCCUUAUUGUUACUAUUAUUAUUAUGAUCAUCUUUAUAAUAAGUACUGUCAUUAUAAUUAGUAGGCUUAGUAUAGCAGCCUUGUAUAACCACCAUCAAGCUGUAGGCCUAAGAGCGCAUCCUGUUUAGUACUUUUUCAUCAAGGUCUAAUAUGUAUGCUUUGGAAUUAUUAACUAACUUUGGCCUAUUUUUCAAUAGUUAUAUAGGCUACUGAAUCAAUCAUUAAUUUGUUCACGUCAUCACACAGCAUACGAGUCAUUCAUGAUUUGAAAUGCAAUCAAGCAUUUUACUUUUAAAAUAAAGGGACCCUUGAAUAAUUAGCGUAAAAAAUAAAUAAACCGUUCCAUUUCAGAAAAUUGCAUUCAGGAAUGAAUGCGACUGUUUUCAGUCUUUGCUGUAAUAAAGGCUUUACAAAACAAAAACAAAAAACGUUACAACAGACUCUGGAACGCUUAUCAUUUAUUUAGUGUUUACAUUGUUCCAAACGGUCAAAUUAUAUUGUAAUCUAUACAACACCUGUUUGGCACAAGUAGUAUGCACGCAGCGCUUGCUCCUUACCUUGUUUUUCUUGAUCUCCAGUAUUUUCCACAACUAGUCACAUUUAUUCCACACAUGACUUCCCCUUUACCUCCUGAGUAACCAGUAAACAUUCCCCCAUUUACUGUCAAUGUGUUAGUGUUCGGAGUUUGUAAUAACCAUUUUAUUGAUGUGAUUAUGAUGGGGCCUGACCUAUAGCCUAUUGGUUACGUGCAUGUGAUGCAUGCAUGUCACUUUAAGAGAGCAAGGAUUGAGGAAUUAGGGAAUGUUUUUCCUAAACAAAUGAGGGAUUUCGGUAACAGAACUUUUCAGUCAGAAAUGGCUGUAAUUAUGUUGCAGCUUCAGCAACACGGACAGCGCGAUAACUGUUCUGUGGUGGUCACUGCAGCAGGGAGGAGAGGAAGACAACGGGUGCUAAUCACACAGUCACUCGCUGUCAUCUUUUACAUAAAUUUUUUUUACACAGUGCAGCAAGUCUGCGCCCGGCACAAUCAAAUCAAUUCCGAUCAGACUCCCUCUAGUCAUUUGUGUGUCUUAUUUCAUCAAACAGUGCGCUUAAAGCAUCAGACAAGCUCAGUGCAUAUAGUUGAUUUGAUUAAAACACACAGGCUCUGUCUAAUCAAUUGGUCGAAAGAAUGUUGACUAAUCAAUUGGUCGAAUGAACAGAUGACUCUCGGUCAUCCAAUAUACUUUUUAGUCGGGGACAGCCUGUGUGUGUGUGUGUUUUUUCUUCUCAGGAUUUAGAAAAUUCUCCCUUGACCCCAUUUUCUUAUCAGGUGACCCCUGGUUUGAGAACCGCAGAUAUAAAUGUCAUAACCUAGAGUACUGAGAUAUUAUGGCAUCUGAAAUUAACAUUUAUUGUGAAGCCCAUGUGAUCUCAUCUUUGAGUUCAGCUAAAGUCUGAUUGCAUUCUGUUCCCUCUAUAAUAUUCACCAGCUACGGAAGAGGAUGAUGAGGACAGUAUCGUCCUGAACCAGGCCAGGGGAAAGAGGCCCAUAUUUGAGUGUUUUUGGAAUGGACGUCUCAUCCCAUACACCACUGUAUCUGAGUAAAGAGACACUUUUAAUAAUACGUUUUUCUUCAGUAAUGUAUACCCUUUUUGUUUUCUUAAAGUAAUGUUUGAAUUUUCUGUGUUCGUCCGUUGUGUGUUUCAGGUUUGACUGGUGUGCAUGGCCCAAGAAGACUGGGACAGUGCCUGCAGAGUGUUACAGCAGGUUCUCAGGGGCGCUGUUCACCAACGACAGGUUCCAGGUCAGCACCAACAAGCUCACUUUCAUGGACCUGGAGCUGCAGCUAAAGAAUAAGGAGACCUUAUUCACCCGCAUCGUCAAUGGCCAGGUAGCUUCCUUGUGUCUGUGAUUUAUGUUCUGUCAGUAGCAAACCUCAGUCCUCUUGGGUGGAAGAAAAGAUUAUAGCAUAUUUAAUCCUCAGAGCUGGAAAUCUAACACCCAUAUUAGACAGAUGUGAUGUUAACAGUAUUACUGAAUUACCACUAUGAUGUGGAACAUUUUAGUAUUCAAAAAAUCGCUGUGUUACUGAUGCAUGUCAUUUCCCUUCCCAGGAACAAAGGGUUAAGAUCCAGAAGGAGUUUCACCAGUGGCUGAAGACCUGCCACGAGAAGUGGGACAAGCAAGUGAAGUUCAGAGGCUUCAAGGGCACUAUCAAACGAACUGACGUGGCCACCAAGAAGAUGCAAUCUCCUUGGGCUACCUUCUCCUCCAUCGAGUGGGACGGUAGAAUGUACAAAGCUGGCCAAUACGUGAGCAUCCUCUCUUCCUAAGACGGUAGAGCCUGGUUCAAUCUCAAUUCGUCUUUCUGUGAUUUCUCGCAUCCUCUCUCCUCGGCUUCUUCUCCACCACAUUGGAGGAGAAAGUUCAAGGUCCCUCCCCUGAACCUUCUUCUCCAAUGCGUUCUGAGAAGGAGGCGAGGAGAGACAAUGCAAGGAAUCGAGGAAAGAUUCAUUGAGAAAGGGCAACGGAACUGUUUGGUCGCUGUGUUUUGAAGUGUUAAUUAAUUGUCUGUUUAAUCAUAUUUUAAAUUAAAUCUCAUAAUUAAGUAGCUCAUGUGUCGAUCUCUAAAGUCUGUUCUCUGCCUUUCCUUCUAGGUGAAGUCUCAGAAAACACAGCCCAUCUUCUUUGGCUCCGUUAUUCAGUUCCUACUGUAUGGCGAUCACGAGGGAGAUGUCUACGCCACAGGGGGGCAGGUGAAGGUGGCCAUGGUAAGACAUCAGAGAUAAUGAUAGCAGUGACACUUUGUUCUGCACACUCUUAAGCUAAGGAACUCCCAUGGCCUUAGCAUAUGGAUUUGCAUGAUUUUGGCUGCAAAAUCAUCUGUUUUGUAUCUGUUCCCAUAGGAACCAAAGGCGCUGUACAAUGACAUCAAGACAAUACCCAUCUCCAAAAUCGACAGGGUGAUUACCAAUGCAGCCAUCAAGAAGAGCAUUGAUGACGAACUAGCCAAGUGAGGGAACCAUUUUUGAUUUUAUUCCCAACGUACAUGAAUGUGGUCCUUAUGCCCCAGUGGUACAUGGUUUUAUGAUGCAACAUUGUCCCUGUUUUGCCCCAGACUCCCAGACGAGCUUAAAGUGACCUGGCCGGAGGGCAACCCCUGGACCCAGAACGAUGUCCGGCCAGCAGGCACUCCACUAGGUACGGAGACGGACUCCCUGCACCUUACACAGUAGCUCCAUGCUAUCUGCCAAGUGUUUUUGAGACUGUAUCCUAAGUAUGCACAUAUUUGUGAGUGACUGAUCUCCCUUUAAUUCCUUGCAGGACCUCUCCAUGUGGAAAUUCUCAACAAGAAAGGAGAGUCGAUAUCCAGGAUACCAUCAGCCACACAAAACGCAUCACGGAAAGCACUUUCAAUCGAACUAAAAGUUGUUUGGCAUUGUGAGUUAAUCUGAGUCCUAAGAAUGAUUGCUGCUAUUAUAUUUUUGGCUGACUGUUUCAAUGGAUAGUGUGUGUUUACUGUGUCAUAAAUAGUUUUCUCUCUUCCUCCCUAGCUCCUAAUGGUGAUGUGGAGACCAACUCUCAUAUUGCAGCACAUUCAGCCAAGUGGGCAUUCUGGUUCAGAACCAUGGGUAAUUGUUUUAUUUUAAUAAAUGACUUUAUUGUAAUUAUUUUAGUUUCCUCUCCUCUGUUUUUAUGUUACUAGCUAGUGAUGCAGUGUUUGCAGUGUUUGUUAUAAGAAUGUCUAACUCUGGUCGCUAAACAGUGUUGCUUCUACAUCUGCAUUCCUUGCAGAUGACUGGGUAUCUGUAUAAGCACUUUUAGACUGGGUAUCUGUAUAAGCACUUUGUGACAUCUGCUGAUGUAAAAAGGGCUGUAUAAAUAAAUGUGAUUCCCUAUAAAGAGAACCUGAACAAGAUGGGGAAGUACACUCUGCACCUGAACACAGUACUCAAUGUCAAUGAGCGCAACUCUACCGUCUGGGCUGGGAACCAGCUUCCCAACCACACACUGGACUUCUCCAUUACUGGUAACUUCAUUUGUGAAAUCAGACUGCAACACAUAUACAUUAAAUGCAUUGGCCCUCUCCAGUAACAAUCAGAUCCAUCUCCUGAACACCCAUUUUUCUCUCCUCUCUCCCAGAGGGCAGUGCAGAGAGGUUUGUGGUGGGUACAGUUACCACCCUGCUCCAUGUGGGGGUGCCUUUCCACAUCCCACUGGAGCUACUGGAUGAAUACGGUCACCCUGCUCGCCCCCCUCCCAACCUCAAGCCCCUCCUGGAAUGCAGGUAGGUUACACACAAAAAUAGUUGAAAGGGUUACACACAUUGUCCUGCAAUGUUAUGUUUCGGGUAUUUGUUUUGCAUAUUUUGUGUCUGUGCAGAGUAUUUCCAAAGAUAUUGAUUCAUUGAAUGUGUUGAUUCAUUGAUUGAUAGGUGUUUUUAUUCUCUCUGUUUGCAUGUCCCCUCUGUGUGUGUUGACUUUGUAAUAAAGGGCUCAGCCCUGGUGUCUGUCAGUCAGGGGAUUCAUGGUGUCAAAUGUUUUCAGCACCUCCUUGUUUAGCUGGCCGGUUGUUAAUGUGUUUCAGUGCCCUGGAAGUGAGUUAUGAGGGGGCGGCCUCUAGAGGGACCAUUUUUACCAUCCGAGGCGUCAGAGCCAGAGGGGCGGUGCAGAACUACCAGAACAAGGUCAGAGACCCGCUGGUUUCCAGGGCUGCAGGGCUCUCACUUUACCUCUAUCCAGAUGAACCUCAAAAAAACAGACACACGACUGAAAGCUUUCUCAAAUAACGCCCCCGAGUAAUGUUUGAAAUAUAAAGGUCAUAUUUUUAUCUUGGCAGACGCACGACUUGAAAGUGGUACUGCCUGGCCUCAAACAGGACUCGCAGACUCUGAAGAUCAGCCUUCUCCCUGGUAAAGUGAUUGAUUUACAUUGAAGUCACAAAUGUAAAGAAUGUUUAUGCUCCUAUGUGCUCCUGGGUAUUCAGAGAACUGUGUUUUCACUUGUUUACUUGGUAAACAAUUAAUGGACCAUUUGCGAAAUUAAUUUUUUUGCAUUAGUACUCUAUUUUAAUAACCUGUGAUUUACGGCAACAACUUGGGGAUCUGCUGCUUUGAGAAGAAACAUCAUCUUUAAUGGGGGGGGGGUUGGUUGUCGGUAGAUCCUGACAAGGACUUUUAAGUCAAUGAUUGCCCAAAUUGCAUAUGCUGUCCAGCUGUGGCUGGAGGGCUAGUUGGGGUAACAACCACCCUUUUUAGGCCUUAUAAAACAUAUGUAGCCUAAACAGUGUUUUACAAGCAGCACUGUGUGUAUAUAUAUAUAUAUAUAUAUAUAUAUAUACUGCUCAAAAAAAUAAAGGGAACACUAAAAUAACACAUCCUAGAUCUGAAUGAAUGAAAUAAUCUUAUUAAAUACUUUUUUCUUUACAUAGUUGAAUGUGCUGACAACAAAAUCACACAAAAAUUAUCAAUGGAAAUCAAAUUGAUCAACCCAUGGAGGUCUGGAUUUGGAGUCACCCUCAAAAUUAAAGUGGAAAACCACACUACAGGCUGAUCCAUCUUUGAUGUAAUGUCCUUAAAACAAGUCAAAAUGAGGCUCAGUAGUGUGUGUGGCCUCCACGUGCCUGUAUGACCUCCCUACAACGCCUGGGCAUGCUCCUGAUGAGGUGGCGGAUGGACUCCUGAGGGAUCUCCUCCCAGACCUGGACUAAAGCAUCCGCCAACUCCUGGACAGUCUGUGGUGCAACGUGGCGUUGGUGGAUGGAGCGAGACAUGAUGUCCCAGAUGUGCUCAAUUGGAUUCAGGUCUGGGGAACGGGCGGGCCAGUCCAUAGCAUCAAUGCCUUCCUCUUGCAGGAACUGCUGACACACUCCAGCCACAUGAGGUCUAGCAUUGUCUUGCAUUAGGAGGAACCCAGGGCCAACCGCACCAGCAUAUGGUCUCACAAGGGGUCUGAGGAUCUCAUCUCGGUACCUAAUGGCAGUCAGGCUACCUCUGGCGAGCACAUGGAGGGCUGUGCGGCCCCCCAAAGAAAUGCCACCCCACACCAUGACUGACCCACCGCCAAACCGGUCAUGCUGGAGGAUGUUGCAGGCAGCAGAACGUUCUCCACGGCGUCUCCAGACUCUGUCACGUGCUCAGUGUGAACCUGCUUUCAUCUGUGAAGAGCACAGGGCGCCAUUGGUGAAUUUGCCAAUCUUGGUGUUCUCUGGCAAAUGCCAAACGUCCUGCACGGUGUUGGGCUGUAAGCACAACCCCCACCUGUGGACGUCGGGCCCUCAUACCACCCUCAUGGAGUCUGUUUCUGACCGUUUGAGCAGACACAUGCACAUUUGUGGCCUGCUGGAGGUCAUUUUGCAGGGCUCUGGCAGUGCUCCUCCUUCUCCUUGCACAAAGGCGGAGGUAGCAGUCCUGCUGCUGGGUUGUUGCCCUCCUACGGCCUCCUCCACGUCUCCUGAUGUACUGGCCUGUCUCCUGGUAGCGCCUCCAUGCUCUGGACACUACGCUGACAGACACAGCAAACCUUCUUGCCACAGCUCGCAUUGAUGUGCCAUCCUGGAUGAGCUGCACUACCUGAGCCACUUGUGUGGGUUGUAGACUCCGUCUCAUGCUACCACUAGAGUGAAAGCACCGCCAGCAUUCAAAAGUGACCAAAACAUCAGCCAGGAAGCAUAGGAACUGAGAAGUGGUCUGUGGUCACCACCUGCAAAACCAGUCCUUUAUUGGGGGUGUUUUGCUAAUUGCCUAUAAUUUCCACCUGUUGUCUAUUCCAUUUGCACAACAACGUGACAUUUAUUGUCAAUCAGUGUUGCUUCCUAAGUGGACAGUUUGAUUUCACAGAAGUGUGAUUGACUUGGAGUUACAUUGUGUUGUUUAAGUGUUCCCUUUAUUUUUUUGAGCUGUGUGUGUAUAUAUAUAUAUAUAUAUAUAUAUAUAUAAUAUACAUACAUACAGUGAGGGGGGAAAAGUAUUUGAUCCCCUGCUGAUUUUGUACAUUUGCCCACUGACAAAGAAAUGAUCAGUCUAUAAUUUUAAUGAUAGGUUUAUUUGAACAGUGAGAGACAGAAUAACAACAAAAAAAUCCAGAAAAACGCAUGUAAAAAAAUUUAUAAAUUGAUUUGCUUUUUAAUGAGGGAAAUAAGUAUUUGACCCCUCUGCAAAACAUGACUUAGUACUUGGUGGCAAAACCCUUGUUGGCAAUCAGAGGUCAGACGUUUCUUGUAGUUGGCCACCAGGUUUGCACACAUCUCAGGAGGGAUUUUGUCCGACUCCUCUUUGCAGAUAUUCUCCAAGUCAUUAAGGUUUUGAGGCUGACGUUUGGGAACUCUAACCUUCAGCUCCCUCCACAGAUUUCCAAUGGGAUUAAGGUCUGGAGACUGGCUAGGCCACUCCAGGACCUUAAUGUGCUUCUUCUUGAGCCACUCCUUUGUUGCCUUGGCCAUGUGUUUUGGGUCAUUGUCAUGCUGGAAUACCCAUCCACGACCCAUUUUCAAUGCCCUGGCUGAGGGAAGGAGGUUCUCACCCAAGAUUUGACGGCAUAUGGCCCCAUCCAUCGUCCCUUUGAUGCGGUGAAGUUGUCCUGUCCCCUUAGCAGAAAAACACCCCCAAAGCAUAAUGUUUCCACAUCCAUGUUUGACGGUGUGGAUGGUGUUCUUGGGGUCAUAGGCAGCAUUCCUCCUCCAAACACGCGAGUUGAGUUGAUGCCAAAGAGCUCGAUUUUGGUCUCAUCUGACCACAACACUUUCACCCAGUUCUCCUCUGAAUCAUUCAGAUGUUCAUUGGCAAACUUCAGACGGGCCUGUAUAUGUGCUUUCUUGAGCAGGGGGACCUUGCGGGCGCUGCAGGAUUUCAGUCCUUUACGGCGUAGUGUGUUACCUAUUAUUUUCUUGGUGACUAUGGUCCCAGCUGCCUUGAGAUCAUUGACAAGAUCCUCCCGUGUAGUUCUGGGCUGAUUCCUCACCGUUCUCAUGAUCAUUGCAACUCCACGAGGUGAGAUCUUGCAUGGAGCCCCAGGCCGAGGGAGAUUGACAGUUAUUUUGUGUUUCUUCCAUUUGCGAAUAAUCGCACCAACUGUUGUCACCUUCUCACCAAGCUGCUUGACGAUGGUCUUGUAGCCCAUUCCAGCCUUGUGUAGGUCUACAAUCUUGUCCCUGACAUCCUUGGAGAGCUCUUUGGUCUUGGCCAUGGUGGAGAGUUUGGAAUCUGAUUGAUUGAUUGCUUCUGUGGACAGGUGUCUUUUAUACAAGUAACAAGCUGAGAUUAGGAGCACUCCCUUUAAGAGUGUGCUCCUAAUCUCAGCUCGUUACCUGUAUAAAAGACACCUGGGAGCCAGAAAUCUUUCUGAUUGAGAGGGGGUCAAAUACUUAUUUCCCUCAUUUAAAAUGCAAAUCAAUUUAUAAAAAAUUUGACAUGCGUUUUUCUGGAUUUUUUUGUUGUUAUUCUGUCUCUCACUGUUCAAAUAAACCUACCAUUAAAAUUAGACUGAUCAUUUCUUUGUCAGUGGGAAAACGUACAAAAUCAGCAGGGGAUCAAAUACUUUUUUCCCUCACUGUGUGUAUGUGUGUGUAUAUAUAUAUAUAUAUAUAUAUAUAUAUAUUGGUUACCUCCAAAGGUAUUUGGACAGUGACCCAUUUUUGGUUGUUUUGGCUCUGUACUCAAGCACUUUUAAAAUGAUACAAUGACUGAGGUUAAAGUGCAGACUGUCAUCUUUAAUUUGAGGGUAAUGAUGAGUGAGAAAGUUAGACGCACAUAUCAUACCCUCCCCUGUUAUUGUAAUGGUGAGAGGUUAGCAUGUCUUGGGGGUAUGAUGUUUGUGCGUCCAACUUUCUCCGUAAUCAUGGUAGCAUCCACAUUAAUGUAGAAGUCUUUACAAAUGUAUUCUAUUAUUUUUUUACAAUAGAAGUGACAAGACAUUAUUUACCAUUAAUUUCUAUUGGGCACAAAAUAAUCUGAAGCACAACCAAAACAAACUGCAAAUGCAUCCAACAAGUUUGUAGAGUCACAAGCAUGAUGGGGAGGCUAAAUACAAAACGUGCUGCAAUUUCUAAACAGUUCACCUGAUAUGGAUGAAAAUGCCCUCAAAUUAAAGCUGACUGUCUGCACUUGAACCUCGUAUAUGAACCUCAUUGUAUCAUUUCAAAUCCAAAGUGCUGGAGCACAGAGCCAAAACAACAACAACAACAAAAAUGUCACUGUCCCAAUACUUUUGGACAUUCCAAAGUAGUGUGUCAGCUGAAUAUGUAUGUUUUACAGGUAACCCAGAUUCACUCAAAGUGAAACAAGAGGAUUCAAUCACUGUGGAGAAUGGAACCUCGGUUAGCUUUGAUGUGGAGGUCCAUGACGAAGCCGGAAACGUCACAGCUCACCCGAAACUGAUCGUCUGCUGCCAGGUAAGAUCAGACUAGACCCUGACUCUGGAGGUAUGAAUACCUAAGUCAAAAGCAGAGGAAUUGCACAACUGCAAUUUCUAUCCUCAUCAGUAACUUGGCAUGUCUAUGGCUUAUUCCAGUUCAGUUCAUAUUUUUCUGAAAUCUGAAGUUCCAUCCAGUGUUCUGUGUUUGGUGUUCCAUGCUCAUACAUUUGAAUGUGUUUACUGAAGUCCACUUCUUAAUAAUGAAGUACAAAAGGCAUUUUAAUAUCUCCAAAGGCACCAAGUAGCAUCAUGUUCUUGUAAGGCCAAACCAAGCACCCAGAGAAAGUUGUCAAACUUGGACCUGCAGCUUGUGGGAGCUGUGUGUACUAGUUCUGCCUCCAAGUUUCUCAGCAGUUGGCUAAUGAAAAACACUGGCUCCAAUAGAACAGACAUGCCCUUUUCAGGAAACAAACCAGUAUAAAGGGAGAGGCGGGCUUGCCAAAGCACUAUUUCAACCCUUUAGGGUUGAGUAAGAGGGUGUGUCGCUGUCCCAGAGAGUAUGUGCAAUUUAGGUCCGCUUUCCAUACAGCAGGUUACCAGAGUUGUAUUCAUUAGUGCAUACUGUAGCAAAAUGUUUUGCAACAGGAAACUAAAACAAGUUUCUUAUUGGACAAGGUAGUCCCUCCCCUAUUUGAUCGAUGCAUUCCUAGUGAAUAUGAUCCAGCUCUUUGCCAGAAUAUCUACCAGUAGGAUAGGAUCCAUGAAUGAUAUCUGACUUGUGGACCUCUUGAUGGGAAACAAUCAUGGGAAAUCUGGAUAUUUUCUCCCAAGUGAAGGCUCUAGGAGGCAGAUCUCACACAUGGGAAUAGUUUGGUGACUUGCUAGUGCUUUUAAAAUCUCUUAACACAAUCCAUUACAAAUGAGCACAUGCUUCUGAAUUGUUUCAAUUUGUUAACACAUUGCUGUUCUGGAGAUUAAGUCAUGCUCCGUUGAGUGUAGGAAUUAGUCUCUUCCUUCAGGAAAGGCCUAAACUUCUGUAUCAACCUUUGAAGUUGAGGCCACCGUGUUACCCUGGUGGAGCCAUUGGUCUCCAUCCCUUUCCUUUCUCACUGAGAUAAAGAGGAGUUCACUGUUUGCCAACAGUGCCCACUGUGCCUGAUAGAAUGCCCUCCAUAGACAAUCUCAGAUUUCUGGAGCCACUCUUCCCUUCCAGAGGCAUGCAUGAAGCGACUGUUGCUCAAUAUCAGGAAAGGAAUGCGUUUUUAUAUUACAUUUACAUUUUAGUCAUUUAGCAGACGCUCUUAUCCAGAGCGACUUACAGUUAGUGAGUGCAUACAUUUUUCAUACUGGCCCCCCGUGGGAAACGAACCCACAACCCUGGCGUUGCAAGCGCCAUGCUCUACCAACUGAGCUACAUUGCAUUCGGAAAGUAUUCAGACCCCUUGACCUUUUCCACAUUUUGUUACAGCCUCAUUUUCCCCUCAUCAAGCUACACACAAUACCCUAUAAUGACAAAUUGAAAAGUUUUUUAGAAAUUUUAGCAAAUGUAUUAAGACUAAACAAAUACCUUAUUUACAUAAGUAUUCAGACCCUUUGCUAUGAGACUAAAAAUUGAGCUCAGAUGCAUCAUGUUUCCAUUGAUCAUCCUUGAUGUUUCUACAACUUGGUAGGUGUCCACCAGUGGAAAUUCAAUUGAUUGGACAUUAUUUGGAAAGGCACACACCUGUCCAUAUAAGGUCCCACAGUUGACAGUGCAUGUCAGAGCAAAAACCAAGCCAUGAGGUCGAAUGACUUGUUCGUAGAGCUCCGAGACAGGAUUGUGUCGAGGCACAGAUCUGGGGAAGGCUACCAAAAAAUUUCUGCAGCAUUGAAGGUCCCCAAGAACACAGUGGCCUCCAUCAUUCUUAAAUGGAAGAAGUUUGGAACCACCAAGACUCUUCAUAGAGCUGGCCAAACUGAGCAAUCGGGGGAGAAGGGCCUUGGUCAGGGAGGUGACCAAGAACCCGAUGGUCACUCUGACAGAGCUCCAGAGUUCCUCUGUGGAGAUGGGAGAACCUUCCAGAAGGACAACCAUCUCUGCAGCACUUCACCAAUCAGGCCUUAAUGGUAGAGUGGCCAGACGGAAGCCAAUCCUGACUGAUGAUUGGCUGAGAGAAAUGGAUGAUAAAAUGAUUGGGGGGGGGGGCUGUUUUGUUAGACUUCAGUGCGGCUUUUGACAUUAUUGAUCAUAGUCUGCUGCUGGAAAAACUAUUUAUGGCUUUACUCCACCUUCUAUAUUGUGGAUACAGUUACCUGUCUAACAGAACACUGAGGGUGUUCUUUAAUGAAAGCUUCUCCAAUAUAAUCCAGGUAGAAUCAGGAAUUCCCCAGGGCAGCUGUCUAGGCCCAUUACUUUUUUCAAUCUUUACUAAUGACAUGCCACUGGCUUUGAGUAAAGCCAGAGUGUCUAUGUAUGUGGAUGACUCAACACUAUACACGUCAGCUACUACAGCGACUGAAAUGACUGCAACACUUAACAAAGAGUUGCAGUUAGUUUCAGAGUGGGUGGCAAGGAAUAGGUUAGUCCUAAAUAUUUCUAAAACUAAAAGCAUUAUAUUUGGAACAAAUCAUUCACUAAACUCCAAACCUCAAUUAAGUCUUGUAAUAAAUAAUGUGGAGAUUGUGCAAGUUGAGGUGACUAAACUGCUUGGAGUAACCCUGGAUUGUAAACUGUCAUGGUCAAAACAUAUUGAUACAAUAGUAGCUAAGAUGGGGAGAAGUCUGUCCAUAAUAAAGUGCAGCUCUACCUUCUUAACAGCACUAUCAACAAGGCAGGUCCUACAGGCUCUAGUUUUAUCGCACCUGGACUACUGUUCAGUCGUGUGGUCAGGUGCCACAAAGAGGGACUUAGGAAAAUUGCAAUUGGCUCAAAACAGGGCAGCAUGGCUGGCCCUUGGAUGUACACAGAGAGCAAACAUUAAUAAUAUGCAUGUCAAUCUCUCCUGGCUCAAAGUGGAGGAGAGAUUGACUUCAUCACUGCUUGCGUUUGUGAGAGGUGUUGAAAGCACCGAGCUGUCUGUAUGAACGACUGGCACACAGCUCCAGAACAGACUAUGGGAGGCGCACAGUACUACAUAGAGCCAUGACUACAUGGAACUCUAUUCCACAUCAGGUAACUGAUGCAAGCAGUAGAAUCAGAUUUUAAAAAACAGAUAAAAAAUACACCUUAUGGAACAGCGGGGACUGUGAAGCCACACAAACAUAGGAACAGACGUAUGCAUACACACACGAUAACAUACGCUCUAUACACACACGUACACAUGGAUUUUGUGUUGUAGAUUAGGAGUAGGGGCCUGAGGACGCACACUUAGUGUGCUGUGAAAUCUGUUAUGAAUGUAUUGUAAUGUUUUUUUUAAAAUGUAAAACUGCCUUUAAUUUUGCUGGACCCCAGGAAGAGUAGCUGCUGCCUUGGCCUGAAUGCCAAGUGUCACGUCUGGAAGAAACCUGGCACCAUCCCUACGGUGAAGCAUGGUGGUGGUGGCAGCAUCAUGCUGUGGGGAUGUUUUUCAGUGGCAGGGACUGGGAGACUAGUCAGGAUCGAGGCAAAGAUGAACGGCGCAAAGUACAUAAAGAUCCUAAAUGAAAACCUGCUCCAGAGCACUCAGGACCUCAGACUGGGGGCAAAGGUUCACCUUCCAACAGGACAACGAACCUAAGCACACAGCCAAGACAACACAGGAGUGGCUUCGGGACAAGUCUCUGAAUGUCCUUGAGUGGCCCAGCCAGAGCCCGGACUUGAACCCGAUCGAACAUCUCUGGAGAGACCUAAAAAUAGCUGUGCAGCAACGCUCCCCAUCCAACCUGACAGAGCUUGAGAGGAUCUGCAGAGAAGAAUGAGAGAAACUCCCCAAAUAUAGGUGUGCCAAGCUUGUAGCGUCAUACCCAAGAAGACUUGAGGCUGUAAUCGCUGCCAAAGGUGCUUCAACAAAGUACUGAGUAAAUCGUUUGAUCGAAAAUGUUAAACGUAUUUUUAGACACACCCUAGCUUACGGUUUGAUGAAAUAAGACAAAUGCCUCGAGGGGCGCCAAAGAUCUAGAUAACCAGAAGAAAAAACCUUAACCUGACCCAGCUAUUCUCCUCCCGCUCCUGCUGGCUUUCGCAGAUUCUCCAAUUACUCUCCUGAAUUUGCCGGUAAUAGGCUACAUGAGGAGUCGGCAACCUUUCUCAUGUGGAAUGUCAAUUUACCUUACCAUUUCUACUGAUCUGCGUGCCAGUUAUGGUUUUCAUAUGCACAUUUUCGUGAAAGUUUCAUUUAUUUUAUAACUUUUCAUAUCUCAAUCAUUUUCAUGUGGUUAAUCAAAAUUCUCUCUCAAUGAAAAUGAUACUUAUAUUGCCAUUGCCAACUAUGUAAAAAUAGCCUACAUAAAGCUAAAACCAACAAAUAAAAACAUUACAGCCUGCAGGUAGAAAAUAUCCUGAUUUAAAAAAUAAAUAACCUAUAAAUCACAUUGGCUACACAUGGCCUGUCUGCAACGAACUUGAAACAUUGUAUAAACUAUUAACUUGGGUCCAGCCAGACGCUUGUGCUAGCGAACUUGCAACAUUGUAUAAAAUAUUCUGGGCCCUCAGUUUCCUGCGCCAGUGAGCUUGGGACAGACACAGCGGUAGGCUAUUUGCGCAAGGGAUAAGAAGCAGUGCUUGACUUGGGCAGGAGAUCACCGGAGCUGAAUACCGGCACCUCAAAUGUUCUACUGCUUGAGCUCCUGUUCCGCUUAUAAAAUGUUAGCGCAAAGUAUUGUGGAGCUCCUGCACCUAAAUAUAAACCUUACCGGCACCCAAAAUGAGUACCGGAAACUAUUUCAGUCCAAGUCAAGCACUGAUAAGAAAUAAUCAGGUAGGCCUAUUUUAUGACGUUUCCAUUGGAUCAGAGCAUGACAUUCUAGAUUAGAAAUGAUAGGAAUUAACGGUAAAUGUACUACUGGUGAUAUAUGUAAUGGGAAAUUGAUAUACAAUAACAAUCAAACGCAAACAAUUCACACAAUGAAGUUAUGAAACAAUGAAUGUGCACAAAUUGGCUGGAGAGAGUGCAUUUUGCAUCUGGGCGCAUGGUCAAUCCGACGUCUGCAUUGGCCAUGCAGCAUUUACGGUGAUAUGGCCUCAGCAGAAGUCAGGGCAUUCAUACUUCUUGCAGAGCUGUUGUCAAGGAAGUGAGUUUGUGUUUAUACAGGAUGUACUGCCCCCACCUACCGUCAACAAAUCAUGUCAAUGCGGAGCUAUACAGAGCCCUCCGCAUUGUUACAACAUUUGGGAGGCACAUGGCGAAGCGGUACUGAGUUCGAUAUGGCCUUUGCAUGCUUCUGGAAGCGCCACAAUUGUGUGUCACUCUCCAUAUGGAGCCUCCUACAAUAUUUUCAAAUCAAGCCUAAAUUGGCUUUUAGUCUAGGCCUACGCAAUGGAUUAGUUCACUGAGAUGGGCGCAAAUAUAUCUUUUUUUUUACUGCUCGACUAAAACAAUCUCGGUCAACCAGUCGAUUUAAUGGGGGUUACAGGGAGAGAGGGGGGAAAGAGGCUUGUACAGUACAUUAUGUCUAUCACUGUCAUUGUACAAGUGUGUUACUGAACAUGUCCCAUUUCAGGACUCAUGUGCCAGACAUGAGGCUGGAAAGUAUGAGUGAGGAGGCUGGUGGAAUUUUAACAUCUGCUCCUUUUUACUCACCAAAAGGAACCUGUUUUUAUAGUAACACGGGGGGAAAAGUACUUUCACACAUUUUAUGAGUGCUUUAAAAAAAAAAAAAGGUGAAAAGUCAAAGCUGAUUUUGCUGGAGACUGCUGCUUGCCGUAAACAGUUGCAGUUCUUGACACACUCAAACCAGUCCGCCUGGCACCUCAAAGGCACUUCAAUCUUUUGUCUCGCCCAUUCACCCUCUGAAUGGCACAUAUACACAAUCCUUAAAAAUCCUUCUGUAACCUGUCUCCUCCCUUUCAUCUACACUAAUUGAAGUGGAUUUAACAGUUAACAGGUGACCUCAAUAAGGUACAUCUUUCACCUGGUCAGUUAUGGAAAGAGCAUGUUUUGUAGACUCAGUGUAUAUUUGAGUCCUGGAAAUCAAUGAGUUGCUUGACAAUAUUUCACUAUUUGCCAGCAGUGCCCACUGGGCCUGAUAAAAUGUCUUUACAUAGACAACCUCAGCUUUUUGGAGUAACUCUUCCCUUCUAGAUACAUAGACUGUUACCCAAUAGAAUGAAUGCUGUUUAAAAAAAAAAUAAUUAUUUGAGUCCUGGAAGUCAACGUGUUGGCUUGACAAUAAUAACAUGUAUUUGUGCGGUAUGUAUCUUUCUGUGGUGUCUCAGUUGCAGGGGAUCCCCGGUUCGUCCUCCAUGGUGGCUGUAGACUGCAGUAACACAGGAGCUGGGACCCUGGUGCUAAAACCAAUCACCUUCAAAAACAUCACGGGAGAUCAGACGGUUAAAGCUACGUUUGAUAUUCCAGUAAGUAAUUGUUUAUCUAUUAAGACCUCCCCUUUGUUUCACCUCAAACUUCUUAACAACUCAUUUCGCCCCCUCCAUGGAUCUCAAUGAUAGAAAAAAGAAACUCCUGCACACUGCCAUUUUUUUUACUGCUUCAUGUUUUUUUUGGUUUUUCAGUCCAAUAUUAUUUUGGGAUUUUAAAUAUUUCCAGUGUAAAAACACAAUACAAAUACAUUUUGUCAAGUGAAAUGAUACAUGUUCAUUCAUCCAUUUUACCAAUCAGAGUCAGAAGAGUGUAGCCCCAGUCCAGAGGGAUCUGAGGGUUGUCCCCAGCACCCGUGUAUCACGUCUCGAGGUGUACAGUCAGGAGGACGUGGACAGCCUGGUGGACUCCAUGGUGCUGAGGGACAAGGAAAAGAUCGACUGGACGGCAGGGGACCUCCUGGAGAACCUCCAUUAUAGACUGUAUGACGAGGGAGGCAGGGAGGUCCCUCUGUCUGAAGAGAUGGCCCAGAGGAUCAAGGUAAUGAUAACACCACCCUGACCAUAUAUGAAUUAGGGCUGGGGAUUGCCAGGGACCUCACAAUACGAUAUUAUCACGGUGCAGAUACAAUAUGUAUUGCAAUUCGAUGUUCUAAACAUAUUGCUCACCAUAUGUCUGCUGCAGAGGGACAACAGAGAGCCAUGAGAAAACACAUUUUGAUCAGUCAUGGAAAUAAGUGCUGAAAACAAAUUGUCUCACUGUUUAAAAAGAUGGAGAACAAAUAUGAAGGAACAAUACUGGCGUUUUGGUGCAGGUACAGCCUACUAGCGCAAAUGAAUAAGAGGGGGCAUCUGAUCCUAGAUCAGCAUUCCUACUCUGAGACGCUUAAUGAAUACGAGCCCAGAAGUCCUACAUUACAGUUGAUAUGGAUAUUAGGUCAGUAUUGAUGAUUCUAACAGCCUGUUGCCUGAGACUCCCCUGUUUGUGUUGUGACUGUCAGGUGAACUGGACGGCUGAUGUGAGUGUGGAGGAGCUGGCCCAGGGGAAGCUGCCCAACGUGCUGGUCCCAUCUCUGGUGAAGGAGGAGCACUUCUACCAGGUCUCCUACAUGGAGCAGCUGGUGUCUGUCGACACCUCCUUCACUAUAGUGUAAGUCCUCUGCUCAAACAUGAUAGAAACAUCUUGCACUCAAGUAAAAUGUUUGUUUUUUGAUGAGGCAAAGAUUUUGCCUCAUGGUAAAAAGAUACAAAGUAGACCAACUUAUAUGUUGUUCAUAGUUAAUUUGCUUAUAGAAGUAGCAACAAAUGAAUUAUGAUUGUGCUUAUCACAUCAGCGGGUGGACUUCUUUUGAUUGGCUGUGUGUUGGUUUUAGGCCCCGCCCCGACGAGCCGAAACACAUGAAGGCCACGCUGAGCGAGUCGACCGUGAGGAUGGGAGAAGUCCUAUCAGGAAAGAUCUGUGAGUCUGGAGCCAUCAGCAGGUUACUCUCUGACACCUAUUCACAUUUAGGACUUCUUCUUGAUUACCUUCCAAAUGAGAAACCGGUAGUUCCCUUUCCCAGACUUACAGCUUACGGACCAGUAUGGCAAUAAAACUCAGAUGCUGACCGCGACCUGUGUGGACUCUCUUACCGUGGACGCAGAGGGUCUCGACAAAGCAUCCCUGGUCUUUACCUGGCAGGUACAUUGAAUAAAUCAAAGUAAUUUUGUAAUGUUAUCAUCCAUUGUGAUUAUUAUGUUGCUGAAAGUAUAAUUAGCGUCAAACAUCCCAUAUUGUCCUUAAAGCUACAGUCUGUGAUUCGGAAAAAAAUAAAAAUAACGAAAUGUCUGUUAUGCCGUGUGUUGUAAUCAGGAGAGCACCCACUCCAUCUUAGUGACGGGGGUGCGGUUCAACCCCGGGUUCCCAGGUAUCAGAGAGCUGAACUUCACCUGGAGGGACUUUGCGGAGCAUGUGACCAUUAAAUUGACGGCCGGGGUCCCUGCACAGCUCAAACUAGUGGACGGACCACAGGAGGUGGGCAUUAAGUUAAGGGCCAAGACACUCUGGAUGCGACAGUGUUGCCAUUUGGGAAGCAACCUCUGAGUUUUGGUACAUAUUGGUCAUGGCUUUCCUCUCUCCCUAAAUGUAACUGUAGUAACGGCCGUGUUGCGUUUUUACCUCAGCCCCUGCAGGUACUGAAUGAGCAGGGCAUCCAGACGCCCUUCCUCCUCCAGCUGUUUGAUGAGUGGGGGAACCCCUCUCCUGACCAGAGGGUUGUGGUGAUGCUGAAGACUUCCACUCCAGCCCUGAAGGUCAGCGACUCUCACCUCCACUGUUGUAAAGGGGGAUUCUAUAGCAUUGGGGAUACUGACCUCUAUUGGGUAGUUUAUCUUCUUGAUAAGAAAGUAUUUUGUUUUUCAGGUGAAGUCAUCUGUUAAUUCACAACCGAUAGACAAAGAUGGAAAAGCCAGUUUCGUAGUAGACCAUGUGAGCGGUCCAAAGUGAGUUCCUAACCCUAUAAUUCCUAACCACUUGCCAUAAUGACCCUGUAACCAUAUUUUAUUGGAGGGCAGUGUUUAACCCCUGUUGGUCUCCCAGGGGGGAGUAUGCGCUGGAGUUCAGAGGGUCCUUCAACACGAAGCCCAUCCAUGGUCCAUCUGUAAAGCUUACCAUUAUCCCUGAUCCUAACAAACCUAUCAAACUGGUGGUGGAGUACAACACAAACUCAGUGUUUCAUGCUGGAGGCACCCUCACAGGUCUGUACCUCUGUCGGUGGCGCUACCUGUGGGUCGGUGGCGCUACCGGUUUGUCUGUUGAUCUGUGUGCCAGUGGCUUCUCUGUGUCAGCUGACCUGUCAUGGUGGUCUCUGUGUGGGUCCAGUGUUUUCAGUGUCUGUGAUGUCGGAGGAGGGCAGCACCAUCAAGAACCUAAACCCUGCCAACUUGUCCAUGCUGUUGUGGAAGGGAGAGCCAUCAGGGGCGUCACGGCCCCCCUCAGGGGUGAGUUACGGGACACCCAGGAUGCAUCCCAAAUGGCACCGUAUUGCCUAUAGAGUGCAGAGCCCUAAAGUAGUGCACUGUAAAGGGAAUUGGGUGCCAUUUGGGACGGAGACCCAAAGGGACUAAUGAACUUUAACACAGACUUUGGCAGUCACACAAGGACACAACUUUUCACAUUACUUGUAAAAUAUAUAUAUAUAUAUAGUGAUGGCAAUAAAGAAUAAACUCAUUUUGUACAUGCUUUUCUAAAGGCUGCCCAACUGAAAUGCAGCAAACCCAUGGUAGACGAAAAGGAGGACAGUUUUCACUUCAGGUAACCAAUAGUGUUUUAUAUUCGGACGCAGCUUGUGCCAAGUGCUGGGUACUAGUAGUACUAGGAUCUACAGUACCAGUCAAAAGUUUGGACACACCAGCGAUCACCUGGUGGGUGGCAAUUCUAACCUGGAAUUAUUGGGAAAUUAACAUAAAAUGGCAACCGAUAUUCUGUUCAGAGGUGAUGGCCACUUCAUGGUGUGUCUCCUCUUAGGUGUAUCAACACAUAAAGGUAGUCCUGUGAUGUUUAUGUAAAAUUAUUCAUUUUCAUCUAACAGAGACAAAGUCAUCCCAGACCAUGUUGGGAAGUACACCAUCCAGUUUGUGCUGUGUGUGGACAAGACUAAAGGGCUGUGGAGUCACCAGGUGAGUUCAACUUCAACCAGAUGGCUUAGUCAUAAACCCACUCCUCACUGACAACCUUUUUUCAGACAACCCCAACUGGCUUUGAGGGAAACGCGUGGAUAUGGUCUCCAAAUUGGUCUCCUGUUAAUCUUAUGUAGAAGAAAUGUCUUUCAUGUCCAGUGGCUGUAUGUCCAUAGGUCUGUAUGUCUAAAGGCCAUGUAGGUCAUUAUUUUGGGCUACUUGUAGAACUAUGAUAAUCAUGUCUCUCUCUUUCCUGCCCUCGCCUAGUAUGUCAUAAAUGUUGUACCCAACGAUCCUGUCAAAUUGGCCCCAGACCUGCAGCCACCAACCCCAGUGGUGGUUAACAACAAUGUCCUUGCCAGUCGGACUCUGGUGGAGGGCAUGUCUCUGAAAUUAAUGGUGAGAUGAUUAGAUCCUCUGGCCAGCGAAAGGCAUAUCAACAUAUGAUGAGUGAAUGAAAAAAAGCCAACUUCACUAAGCAAUUGAGCCAAACAAAGCAUGGUUGCAGUCUAUUAAUGGUUAAAUAUAUGUUAUAUCAUUUUUGGUGACCAAUCCUAACUGAGGCCAUAUAAAUAGAAUCACUAGAAAAUGAAUAUAGCCUCUAACCAUGGCAAUUUGACAUCAUUGACUUGAAUAGGGAUUCCCAUUCUAGUGAUGAUAUUUCUGUGGCUGAUGGUUUUUGUUGCUUCCCUCUAGGAUAUCUAUAAUAACCCAGCGGGGCUGGAGCUGAGUGGGAAGGUGGUGGUGACCAUCAAGAGCUCCAAAGGCUCCAGUGACAAAGACCUGCCUCUCUUUGAGGGCAAAGCCAAGAGCCUGCAGUUUAGCCUGGCUAAUGGAGAGGCCCACAUCACUGUGAGUGGGGUGGAGGUUCAUUUGUAGAACAUCUUUGUUCAGGCUUUGUGUGCUAACCAUAAGUUUGCAUUACAUAUAGAUAUUGUAUACACAUAUAUUUUUAAACGUACAACAUUUGAACUUCCCUCUCGCUCUCUCUCCCUUCUAGAAUCUGUCCAUCAUGGAGAACAGUCCUGGUCAGGAUGGGAAUGAGUACGUCCUGCUCUUCAGACCUUCCGUCCCAGGGUUUGGCCCCAAAAAUCCCCUGGCAGCGUUUGAGCUUCCCUUCCGCUUCUACAACGGUUAGGUCAUAAGUUUUAUUUUUAAAUUGAUAAAUCACAUCAAUGUCAGUGUCAUUUUAAUGAUUGUUUUUUUAAUAGCAUCGUUUUUGCGUCCUAUCUAAAAGUGGUUGACACACUGUGAUCAUGAGUCCAGCUAUCUUAAAGGGACAUUUCACUCAAAUAAUUCAGACCUCAAAAGUAGACUAAUGUUAAGAUAUGUCCACAUCCUAGGCCAUCUGUUUUGUAGAUCCAGCUAUGCGCCUCAAUCCCAAAUGAAUGGAAAAGAUGAGCACUGUCUAAAUUACUGAAUGUAUUUGAUGCGUGUUUUUUCCAUUCAUGUUGGAUGGAGGCAAAUAGCUGAAUCUACAAAACUGAUGCCUAGGGACGUGGAUUCAUCCUAAUAUUAGACUACUUUUGAGAUCUGAAAAUGUCUGACAAAUUUAGAUUUGUCCCUUUAAAGGCCAGUCUCUUGGCUCCUGGAACAGUGUGUGUCAGAUGAUCCUGACGGUCCUCCUGUCUACUACUAGAUGUGGAGAACAGGAAGCAGAUGUCUGAACUGACCAAGAAGAAGGACCAGCUCAAACAGACAGUUGAAAUCUACAAGAGUCUGUUUGACACCAACAGGCAACUCAUCGCUGAGCUCAAAAGUAGGUGUUGCAUUCAAACAUGUUACAAAACUGGUUGUUUGGAUCCUGGAUGCUGAUUGAACGAGCAGUUCCAAGCCGUGCUGUAUAAAAAAUAAAGGCACUCGAGGCAGUGCUGUAUUAUGAAUACAGUCACAGGUAAAUGGAGUUGUUCAGCCCGACGAGAUAGCCAGUUUUAUAAUCAUGGACAUAUCCAAGUAAAUGCCAAUAGGGAAAAAAGUGUACUAUCAUUCCAGGUUCAAUGUUUGACGUGACUGAGAGAGCUGAAGUUAGCAAAUGACAAGAACGUUAUCCAGCCUGCGUAGCAACCAUUUUGUUGCAACUAUGCAAAAAUAAUUAAUGUCUGGGUCGCGUCUGUAGCAACAUGAUCAAAAGAACGAACCAGAUUUUUGUCCGGACUAUAUUUUCUGGUGAAAGAAUGAUAUUGUAUGAAUUGACUUAUCAAAAGAACGUUUUAAUGAAAAUAUGUAAUUCAUUUUUAUUUUAAUAUCUGUAACAGUCGGGCCGAACAACGCCAUUUACCUGUGACCAUAUUCAUGAUAUAGCACUGCCUCUUGUACCUUAUUGAUUAAUUAUGUCAAUAUCAACUGAGCUGCAGGAAGGAAUGGAAACUGCCAGUUUUGUGCCAAACUGUCAAUGUUUAAACAUUUUCAUAUUGUAGAGCUGUGAUAUGUCUUCCUUCAGAUCAGGUGUGCAACGCCGCCAACAAGGAGAGUCACCUGAAAUCGGAGCUCAGGAAGAAUAGCAUGGAUGUAGCACAACUGUCGUCCGUGAGUAUUUGAUUAUACAGUUGAAGUCGGAAGUUUACAUACCCUUAGGUUGGAGUCAUUAAAACUCGUUUUUCAACCACUCCACAAAUUUCUUGUUACCAAACUAUAGUUUUGGCAAGUUGGUUAGGACAUCUACUUUGUGCAUGACACAAGUAAUUUUUCCAACAAUUGUUUACAGACAGAUUAUUUCACUUUUAAUUCACUGUAUCACAAUUCCAGUGGGACAGAAGUUUACAUUCACUAAGUUGACUGUGCAUUUAAACAGCUUGGAAAAUUCCAGAAAAUGAUGUCAUGGCUUUAGAAGCUUCUGAUAGGCUAAUUGACAUCCAUUGAGUCAAUUGGAGGUGUACCUGUGGAAGUAUUUCAAGGCCUACCUUCAAACUCAGUGCCUCUUUGCUUGACAUCAUGGGAAAAUCUAAAUAAAUCAGCCAAGACCUCAGGAAAAAGAAUUGUAGACCUCCACAAGUCUGGUUUAUCCUUGGGAGCAAUUUCCAAAUGCCUGAAGGUACCACGUUCAUCUGUACAAACAAUAGUACGCAAGUGUAAACACCAUGGGAACACGCAGCCAUCAUACCGCUCAGGAAGGAGACGCGUCCUGUCUCCUAGAGAUGAGCGUACUUUGGUGCGAAAAGUGCAAAUCAAUCCCAGAACAACAGCAAAGGACCUUGUGAAGAUGCUGGUGGAAACAGGUACAAAAGUAUCUAUAUCAACAGUAAAACGAGUCCUGUAUCGACAUAACCUGAAAGGCCGCUCAGCAAGGAAGAAGCCACUGCUCCAAAACCGCCAUAAAAAAGCCAGACUACGGUUUGCAACUGCACAUGGGGACAAAGAUUGUACUUUUUGGAGAAAUGUCCUCUGGUUUGAUGAAAGAAAAAUAGAACUGUUUGGCCAUAAUGACCAUCGUUAUGUUUGGAGGAAAAAUGGGGUUGCUUGCAAGCCGAAGAACACCAUCCCAACCGUGAAGCACGGGGGUGGCAGCAUCAUGCUGUGGGGGUGCUUUGCUGCAGGAGGGACUGGUGCACUUCACAAAAUAGAUGGCAUCAUGAGGAAGGAAAAUUAUGUGGAUACAUCUCAAGACAUUACAUUUUAGUCAUUUAGCAGACGCUCUUAUCCGGAGCGACUUACAGUUAGUGAAUACAUUUUUUUUUUUAUACUGGCCCCCCGUGGGAAUCGAACCCACAACCCUGGCGUUGCAAACGCCAUGCUCAAUUAACUGAGCUACAUCCCUGCCGGCCAUUCCCUCCCCUACCCUGGACGACGCUGGGCCAAUUGUGCGCCGCCCAUGAGUCUCCCGGUCGCGGCCGGCGGCGACAGAGCCUGGAUUCGAACCAGGAUCUCUAGUGGCACAGUUAGCACUGCGAUGCAGUGCCUUAGACCACUGUGCCACUCAGGAGUACUGCGCCACUCAAGACAUCAUUCAGGAAGUUAAAGCUGGUCACAAAUGGUCUUCCAAAUGGACAAUGACCCCAAGCAUACUUCCAAAGCUGUGGCAAAAUGGCUUAAGGACAACAAAGUCAAGGUAUUGGAGUGGCCAUCACAAAGCCCUGACCUCAAUCCUAUAGAAAAUGUGUGGGCAGAACUGAAAAAGUGUGUGCGAGCAAGGAGGCCUACAAACCUGACUCAGUUACACCAGCUCUGUCAGGAGGAAUGGGCCAAAAUUCACCCAACUUAUUGACGACACAUUUUCCCUUGGGUGUCGUCAACUCUAUGACGACACCCAGGGGAGGCAGCAGGUCAUGCCCCUGGACAGUGUUCUGGAGGAAGCUUGUGGAAGGCUACCUGAAACGUUUGACCCAAGUUAAACAAUUUAAAGGCAAUGCUACCAAAUACUAAUUGAGUGUAUGUAAACUUCUGACACACUGGGAAUGUGAUGAAAGAAAUAAAAGCUGAAAUGAAUCAUUCUCUCUACUAUUAUUCUGACAUUUCACAUUCUUAAAAUAGAGUGGUGAUCCUAACUGACCUAAGACAGGGAAUUUUUACUAGGAUUAAAUGUCAGGAAUUGUGAAAAACUGAGUUUAAAUGUAUUUGGCUAAGGUGUAUGUAAACUUCUGACUUCAACUGUACCUACAUUCUCCCACUUAGAAAGACCAUAGAUACUCAACCACAUCCACAAGACUGUCAUUGUACUAUGCAUAAUGCAUGCAUUCUGAAGUUGAAAGGUUUGAUGGAUCCAUUCUAUGUUUCUGUAGAUCCCAGCGAUCGACGAACUGAUUAGUCAGAAGACUGCUGACACGGAGAAGAUGAAACUCCAGACGCGGAGAGUCUGCUCCAUGCCCGAUCCCUUCAGGGGCAACCCCGACGUCCUGGGAAAAGUAAUGCCACAAACACAUUUACUCUGUCUGGGUCCCAAAUGGCACCCUAUUCCCUAUCAGGUGCCAUUUGGGAGCCAGCCCCGGUCUCUGCAGCUUCCUUAUGCUUCAGCCUAAGUAGUGGUUAAUUGGUGAAGGACAGUAUGUGGUGUGUUCCUCAGAAUCAGUCCCUCUGUCUCUGAUGCAGAUUGGCCACCUGGCGCUGGUGGAGGACGAUGAUGUGGCCACAGUCAUCUCCUGGCACCUCUUGGGGGACAUUGACUGUGUGGUCACCAUGACAACAGUGGCGGCGCGGAAGAUCUAUGACGACACCCAGGGGAGGCAGCAGGUCAUGCCCCUGGACACAGUGUUCUGGAGGAACAACAGCAGCAGGUAAACACAUGCACACCUUUACACUCAAAACAGCAUGCAAUUGUUCCUUACUUUCCAGUAGUUGACAUUUGCCUCCUACAGUUUGAAUCUGUGACCUGUGUUGCAUAAAGUUCUUGGAGCUAUGUUUCAUUGUUCUCAAAGGUGUUCAUGCUUUACAUGCUUUAGUGAGCUGUACUUGUUUCUUUUCCAGACCCUUGCCCCACAUAAGGAAAGGUCAGGCCAGCUUUCGUCCCAUUGGGAACCCUGUGUUUGCCCGAGACCUCCUUAUUUUCCCAGAGAAUGCAGAGAACUGCCAGAUAGGCGAGUCAGUCUUCUUCAGAAUUUCUCUUUGGAUCAAAUAUUCCAGACGAACCCCAGGCUCUUACCUCACAGGGCAGUUAUGGCGUCCCUCCCUGGGGGGCUCUGCUACUGUAGCUGAAAUUGGACCCUAGCCUUUCACUAUAAAAAUUAUUAUACAUCAUGAUGCUGUUUGUGUCGUUAAAGGAUUAUCAACAUUUGCAUGUUUAUACUUUUGUUUUUGUUCUUUUUCCCCUCUUAUCUAAUGAGAGCCUAGAUUUCAGUAUUUCCAGAUUUGGGACUGAUUUCAUGAGGGCUCUUGUAACAGUUUUACGUUCUUUCUUUACAUGUUAUGCUUCUCAGGGGCUUCCGCUUGUAAGAGGUUUUUGUAGGGGCAUGACAUCACCUGAAAUUGUUAAAUCCUUCAAAGAAUAACUCAGUUCAACUCCAGUGAUUUACCCUCUACAGAAGUAGUUGUAUGAUAUCAUACACCCCUGUCUUGAGCCAAAUAAUGAAACAUGAUUCACAAACAAUAAAAGUAGGAGCGUUAGUGAUCAGUUUCAGGUACUAAUCCGGUAGUAGUUUGGUGAAUACGUAUGUAACUAGCCUUUUUGAUAAUCAUCCCUUGUUUCCCUGCAGUGUUUGGCAACCUCCUUGGAGACACCAUUUUGACGGAUGACCUGGACUCUGCUAACCACUACAGGAAGGGGGUGAGUCAGGCCAGGCAUGUUGCCUUAACCAAGCCAUCUGUAACACACAGGCCAAGUAGUGUUCUACUUUAAAGCCAUUGCCUGGGAGUUCUGGGGUGUAUUCAUUAGUGCACACUGUAGCAAAAGGUUUCACGACAGAAACCGUUUUCAACGAGAACUAGUUUCUAUUGCACAAAUUCAGGGGUUUAUUCAUUUAGAUGGCGACCGCAGCAAACUGUUACAAAACGUUUUGCAACUGAAAAACGAAAAUGUGAGUUUCUGUUAGACAAAUGUAGGUAGGUACUUCCCCGUUUCGACCCUAAUCCCUAAAUAGGGAAUUUCUCCAUUUGUGAAGAAGGUCUAGUGUCAUUGUAUGGGUGGUACAGAAACCUGUCCUAAAGUCCAGUCAGUGUUUUCUAUAUGUUUUCCUGUUUUGAGAAUGGGGUCUUGUUUUGGUUUUGGCCAGGUGGUCCAGAGCAAGAUGCCAUGCCCCACCCUCCUGACCCGGCAGGGCGAGAGGAUCCGCAGCAAUGGCAAGUUUGGGGGCUUGCAGAACAAAGCCCCUCCGAUAGAGAGACUGCGUGGCCAGGUGUUCGGCGCACCCCUCCCCAAGGAGUACCACACCUUUAUGGGCCAGAUUGGUCAGUGACUGGAUUUUACUUCUGUUUGUGUGUGCACACGUACGUUUCGUAGCAUAGGUACGUAGUAUAAAUGUACAAUGCCUUUGUCCCUGUUUGUAGACCUGCUCCAGCAGUACCGGUUGGCCAUGGAAAAGAGCAGACAGGUGAAGGAGGACUUUGACUGCCACAUGCAAUACCUGAAGUCACCUGAGAUGGUGCAGAAGGAGGAGGAGAUGGAUGAGCAGGAGAAGCAGCUCAAAGACAUUGAGACAAAGCUUGGUACGUGUACGUGAGGAGGGGUACAUUUCAACACUGUAAUGAAAAAAAUAAAAUAUUAAAGCACAUUUCUCACUCCCAAGGCCCUAAAGAGCAUUGUUAGGUGACCGCUACAUUAUUUUCCUGUCACUUUGUUUUAAUCUGUAAGUGAUUACUUUGCUAUUUGUUCAAAUUCUAUUUGUGUGUUUUUGUACAGCCAGUACUCCAGUUCGGACGCCUUCUGCCAUUGGGGUGAAACGGAGUCUUGACAAGGCCGGAGAAUCGUCCGGUAUGGUAACCAAGAGGACGAGGCGGAAGUUAUUAAAACAGGACUAUUGAUUUCCCUUUUUUGAGUGACAUGAAUGUCCAUUUUCAAUUACAUUUGACAUGUACAACAGAGCGUUUUACCAUGCCAUCUACAUUAUGUCUGAGAGUUAGUCUCUUCAUCCAUUUUCAUUAAUUUGUACAACAGGUUGUGUAUUGUUCCGUUUUAACUUGCUUUUUGUUCUGUUUACAAUUAACUGCGUUUGAGAGGGUAGGAAGGUUUUGGACAAUGUACAAA